UAUAUUUUUUAAUUUUUAUAUUUUGCAUAAUUUCAUACUUUUUGCAAAUUUGUAAAUUUAUACUUUUUUACUUGAGCAAAUAUGUCGUCUAUAUAUUCGGAACAAUCGCUUCCAUCAACGUCCACACAGGCCAGUACAAUUAUAAGGUCGAUAGCUGUCACUUCAAAUCAAAUCGAUGCUAUAGUGCAGACCUUAGUUAUUCGAUUACAACUGGAUGUCUACAAAUCACUAAACUCAAAUGGCAAAGUAAAACACUUGGAUCAAUUCGACGCCUUAGAAUUAUACACCGCUCUUCAGAAUAUAAGUAAUGCUCUCAUGUUUACUAAAGUUGAAAAUUUUGUUUUGGAGGACUUUUUUAGAAAAAACGAUCCAAAAAUGUUGAAGGGCUAUGAAAGAGUAAGGGCAAGUUUUUCUAGGAUGGGUCUAGAAUUGAGCUCUAUAACACGUUCAACAAGCUGUGAUGAGCGUCUGUCAAUACGAUACCACGUAAAAUAUCGCACCAAGAUUGAACUUACUGAAAAACUUUGUAGUGAAAUAGAGAAGUCCUCGAAAAAGAAUCGCAUCAGUGGUAUGCGAGAGAUACGAAUUUUAAACGCCAUUGUCAUCGACUUAGAUAUUACAACUCAAGAAGCGGAAGAAGCUCAAAGAAAAUUUCAGCAGAUAAUAGACAAAAGUAAUAUUAGCUUCAAACAUGCAGAAAAAGAAAAAGUUCUAUUAGAUAUAUUAAAAAAAUUUACAAAUAAUUGGUUCAAUAAAGCUAAUUCGCUCAUAUUAGGUAUUCGUUUGCGCAGGAAUACAAUAGAGGAGGGCUGUUUUGCUAAGUCACAUGAGCUACAAUUGAAAGAAGCUCUAGCACCUAGUACAACUCAAAAUGAUUUUGAAUUGCUCGUGGUACGCAGAAAUAGAUAUCGUCGAAUAUAUAAGGAACGACGUGUUAACAUCACAGAAAUAAAAAAUAUGUCAGGUCUUGUUAACAGAGUCAUGAAUCAAGAACGAGAAGCACUUAUUUCUGUUCGUGAGGACAAAAUGAGUAGCGAUGCAAAAUUAAAUGAUAUAAGGAAUGCAAUUGAGAAGUUCAAAGUUGAAUUAAUAGCACAAACAAAUUUAUAUAAUAAAGAUAUUCGAAACAUAACUAAAUUAAGGGAAAAGCUGGAACACUUUGAUGCGCCAAGUGUGGCUCAAUAUGUAGAGGUAAAGCAUGACUUGAUAUUAGCUGAAAAAGAAGAAAAAAUGGUGGAACGAAAAAUAAAUAUUGCUGUAAUGAAAUUAAAAAACUUAUCUCAUGAGAUAAUGACCAGAUAUAAAAUAACCAAAGCUUAAAUUCUCUGUUUUAGAACACACAUUUUACAUUUUUUUCUUAAUAAAAAAAAUUAAAUUUUU